UGUUUCCAAGCGUUUGUUGCCUCUGCUGGUAGCGCGGAAGAAUGGUGCGCAAAAAAACAUGAAAAGAAACUUGGUACUGUUAUCACUCCAGAUACAUGGAAGGAUGGAGCUAGAAAUACCACAGAAAGUGGUGGAAGAAAACUGAAUGAAAAUAAAGCCUUGACUUCAAAAAAAGCAAGAUUUGAUCCUUAUGGAAAGAAUAAGUUCUCGGGUGGCGCUUGUGGCUCAUUCUCCACUUGCAAAAUCUGUAAAACUUCUGUACACCAACCAGGUUCUCAUUAUUGCCAGGGCUGUGCCUACAAAAAGGCUAUCUGCUCCAUGUGUGGAAAAAAGGUUUUAGAUACUAAAAACUUCAAGCAAACAUCUGUCUAGACAUA